UAUUGUAUGUGUAUAUAUACAUACAUAUAACAAUGUAGUCAUAGUUUACAUGCGAAUUCUUACUCUGGGAUGGCGGGUCUCUCCACAGCUCUCCGACCACCACCAGCCUCCACCUCCCUAAACUAUCGUUUCAUUGGAUUAUACUCUUUCAUCCUCCUCUCUCUUGCAUUGCUUGCUUUUUUCCCCCGUCCACCCGACCAGAUAACCCAUUUUCCAUACACCACCCAAGACCCGCCAGUUAUUACAACCUUGCCGAGACCCUUCCCCUCCUCUCCCAAGCCGCCGUCCUUUCCUUACUACAGGGACUGGAAGUUCGACUUCGGGUCUGAUCUUAACCCCAAGAUAUGCAUCACUUCGACUACUUCUGCUGGCUUGGAUGAGAUUCUACCAUGGAUAUUCUAUCAUAAGGUUAUUGGAAUUACAAACUUUUUUCUCUUUGUGGAGGGGAAAGCUGUGUCGCCUGGAGCUUACAGUGUCCUGAAGUCUGUCCCGGGGGUAAGACUUAUUCCUAGAACAAAAGAUUUAGAGGUGCAACAGGCUAACAGCCGUAUCUGGAACGAAACUUGGCUAAAACCCUUCUUCUAUAAGCCGUGCAACUAUGAAUUAUUUGUAAAGCAAACUCUGAAUAUGGAAAGCGGCAUUGUCAUGGCAAGAGAAGCUGGCAUGGAUUGGAUAAUCCAUCUCGACACUGACGAGCUGAUGUAUCCAGCUGGGAGUCAGGGGUAUUCUGUUCCAAAACUUCUGUCGGAUGUGCCUGAAGAUGUUGACACGGUGGUCUUUCCUAAUUAUGAGAGUGCUGUCGAGAGAGACGAUAUAAAAGAACCAUUCAGUGAGGUGACAAUGUUUAAGAAGAAUAUCGACCAUCUUCCACAAGAGACUUAUUCCAGCUAUUACCACGAAGCAUCUCACAGUAAUCCAAACUAUUUUCUGACUUAUGGAAACGGAAAAUCAGCUGCUCGUAUCCAAGAUCAUCUACGUCCAAAUGGUGCACACAGAUGGCACAACUAUAUGAAGAUCCCAAGAGAGAUUGAAUUCGAAGAGGCUGUUGUUUUGCACUACACAUACACAAAAUUCUCAGACCUGACUGCAAGACGGAACCGUUGUGGCUGCAAACUGACGAGAGAAGAUAUUGAAAGAUGCUUCAUGCUAGACUUUGACAGAUAUGCUUUCAUGAUUGCUUCAACAGGAACAGAGGAACAAAUGCUCAAAUGGUAUCGUGAGCAUGUUGUCUGGACCGACAGGGGAGUGAACUUGAAACUUUUAAGCGAAGGAGUCUUUACCCGAAUUCAUACUCCAAUGGUAAUUAUCCAAAGUUUGAAGGAAUCAGGAGUUUUCAGCUCCGCCAUUGCAUCAGCACAAGAGAGUGCUAUAUCAGACGACAAGCUCCUAACAUCUUCUGGGACUGGGAGUGCUAAGAGAUCAGGGGGUGUUGAAAAUGAAAUAGUUUCGGAGUCUACAAUGAAUUAUACAAUCACCCCGCCCCUACUAUAGACAAUGCUGACUUUGAUUGAACAAUAUGAUCAUUCUUUGUGAA